GGGAGGCGAGGAGCCGCCGCGGCAGGAGCGAGAGAAACCACAGCAGCUGCUGCUGCUACCGGAGUUUGCGGGAAAGUGAGGCGGGGGCCAGGGCAGCGUACCCCGGAGGACCUUACCCCGCACUUACGGCGGGGCAAAGCCAGGGCAGCCUUCCCCGUCUCUAGUUCCUCCUCCUUUCCCCGGAGGGCCGGCCUGGAGAUCUCCGACCCCGAGGGCCAGAAGGCAGGCAGGCAGGCGGGAGGGAGGGAAGACACGACGACGCCUAACAGAGCCCAGAGGGCGGCCCCCGAGGGAGUCAAGAUCCCGCCGGAGGGAGCCGCUGCCCGCCUUUCGCCAGGACGCCCGGGAAUCGCGCCGUCGCCGCCGCCGCUUCGGAGGCUGGGAGCGGCCACCAUGCCGGAGCUCUGCGGGGCCGCCAGCGAGGGAGGACCCCUCUGAUCGUGGGGCCGGAGCAGUGACUUUUUAGGGGGCGGGGGGCUCGGACUGGCUCCUCCCUCCACCCCACCCCACGCCCGAGGUGCAGGGAAGCGCCGAUGCUGGCGGCGCCCGCGAUGAGGCGCGCCUUUCCUGCCGGCUGCGGAACCUGCGCCUGAGCGCGCCGAGGCGCGGUGGGCUGCGGAGAUGGAGCUGCGGGUCUUCUGCGGGGUCCUCUACUGGCUGCUCUUGCCGCUCUCCCUCCUGGCUGCAUGCCUGUUCCGGUUCAACAGCCUCUCCCUUGUAUAUCUUCUCUACCUCCUGCUUUUGCCAUGGUUCCUGGGCCCAACAGAGUAUACCAUGAAAGGUCACACAGGACGCCUCCUCCGGGCUCUCUUGGGAACCAGUAUUCUUUUUCUUCUUGCCCAUUUGGUUUUCCAAAUAUGCCUGUACACCAUCCCCAGCCUGGACCAGCUGCUGGGACACAAUUGCAGCACAUGGGAAAUUCUUGCCCAGCAUAUUGGAGUCACAAGGCUGCACUUGAACGACAUCCCCAACUCGGUGCGCCUGGUGGCCCCGGACUUUGGGAUCCUGCUGGUCUCUGCCAUCUGCCUUGGCGUCUGCAGCCGCCUGAAGCCAACGAGUGACCCGAUAGACUGGAGCAGAAGGCCAGAACAGGAAGAAGCAGCCUUCGAUGGAGGUGAGUCAAAGCCUCGAGGAGCAGCUGACCUACCAGCUGAGGCCUCUCCAAGGCAGCCAGCGCGGCUGCCUGCCCGGCUUCGCAUAACCGCUCACCGGCUCUUGAUGGUGGUCUGGAAAGUCUUGGCCAUUGUGUUGCUUGCACUGGCAGGGAUCACCUUGCCUUCCGCUUUCUCCAGCGUAUACUAUCUGGUCUUUGUUGGCCUCUGCACCUGGUGGGCCUGCCACUUCCCUGCCAGCCACCUGGCUUUCAGCACUCUGUGUGUCAUGGUGGACGUCUUUGCCGGAGGCCACCUCAUUUGCCUCUAUGGCUACCAGACUCCCUUUAUACAGAAAGUCCUUCCAUCCACUAGCCUCUGGGCACGGUUGUUUGGCUUAAAAGCCAUUGUCCGCCACGUGGGCUGCAGCAAGCCCAAUGCGCUGCUCCUGGACGUCAGCCUCCCCUGGCCCGUCUACGUCAACCCAGGUAUCCUCCUGCUGCUGUAUUAUGUAUUGGCCACCUUGGUGAAGCUCCGCAGGUCACACUUCUACGAGCAGCAGCAGAGGGAUGCUGCAAGCUCAACAUCCGAGUUCCUGGAGCUGGAGGACUGGUCCACAGAGCGAGAAGCCCUGUCUGAAGAUGCUGAGCCAAUGCUGGUUUCUGAGACUGAGGCUUCUGGGGCUGACAGUGAGGACUGCACUGUGCAUGUGAUUGGGGAGGCAGAGCAGCCAGCCGUCAGGAAGCGGGAGUGCCGGAAGGAGAAUCCGCUGCUGCAUUCGCUGGGCCAUGUCGUCAUGAACCAGAGUUACGUUUGCGCCCUUAUUGCUAUGAUGGUGUGGAGCAUCACCUACCACAGCUGGCUGACCUUUGUGCUGCUGCUCUGGGCCUGCCUCAUCUGGAUCGUGCGGAACAGGCACCACUUUGCCAUGCUGUGCUCGCCCUUCAUCCUGCUGUAUGGGAUUGCCCUCUGCAGCCUGCAGUAUGUGUGGGGCAUGGACUUGGAGCCAGAGUUGCCAACCAAGGUUGGCGUCAUGCCCCUGGAACAGCUGGGGCUGGUGCGACCCCAGUAUCCCUGUCUGUACCUGGGAGCCAAGCUCCUUUACACCUUGACCUUCUGGCUCCUGGUGCGGCAAUUUGUGAAGGAGAAGCUGCUGAAGAAGAAGAAGCCCCCUGCCCCCUUGGUGGAGGUGACGGUAGCAGGCUCAGGGCCGGGCCACAAGCGUGACGUGCUGAAGAUCCUGGGGUCGUAUGUGAUGGGCUUCUACGCAAAGUUCUGGAUCUUGGUUUGUGCCGGGAUGUUCAUCGUCGUCAGCUUUGCCGGACGCCUGGUCGUCUACAAGAUUGUCUACAUGUUCCUCUUCCUCCUUUGCCUGACCCUCUUCCAGGUGUACUACAGUCUCUGGCGGAAACUCUUGAAGGCGUUCUGGUGGCUCGUGGUGGCCUACACCAUGCUGGUGCUCAUCGCCAUUUACACCUUCCGGUUUAAGGACUUUCCCAUGUAUUGGCGAAACUUCACAGGAUUAACCGACGAGCAACUGGGUGAUCUGGGCCUGGAGCAGUUCAGCGUCUCAGAGCUCUUCUCAAGCAUCUUCAUUCCAGGCUUCUUCCUGUUGGCCUGCAUCCUCCAGCUGCACUACUUCCACCGCCCCUUCAUGCGCAUCACUGACCUAGAGCAUGUCAUUCCACCGGGGCUACAUGGCCCGGAGGCCCUGGGGAUUGAAGAGGUUAGCGGAAGCCUGGUGCCGCUGCACUCUGAUGAUGGGGAGGCCGAAGACCACAAGCCGGGAGAUAAAGUUGAUGCUGCUUCUGAAGAGGCUCUGCCCGGCAAAUGGGGCCUGGUGCUGGAGCGCCUGAUGGUGUUGGGCAGGAAGUUCUCCAACAUUCUCAGCCGCAUCCGAGUCUUCGUCCUGCGUCUGCUUGAACUGCACAUCCUGAAGCUGGUGGCACUCUACAUCGUCUGGGUGGCCUUGCAGGAGGUGUCGGUGAUGAAUUUCCUGCUGGUGGUGCUGUGGGCCUUUGCUGUUCCCUACAGCCGCUUCAGCCACAUGGCCUCUUGCCUUUCCACAGUCUGGGUCUGCAUCAUCAUUGUCUGCAAGAUGCUUUAUCAGUUGAAGAUUGUCAACCCAGAAGAGUAUGCCACUAACUGCACUGAGCCUCAGCUCAACAGCACCAACUUGCAACCAGAGGAGAUUGGCAACUCUACCCUCUACCAGCAUCCUGUCGACCCGGCCAACUGGUUUGGGAUCAGGAAGGGCUACCCAAACCUGGGUUACAUCCAGAACCAUCUGCAGGUGCUGGUUCUGCUGGUCUUUGAAGCCAUCGUCUACCGGUGCCAGGAAUACUACCGUAAGCAGCACCAGCUGGUUCCUCCACUCACCCAGACAAUCUUUCAGGAUGGAACUCGGCAGAACUUGGAUAAAGGCUUGCUGAACUGCCUCAAGUACUUUGUCAACUACCUCUACUACAAGUUUGGCCUAGAGAUCUGUUUUCUGAUGACGGUGAACGUGAUUGGCCAGCGCAUGAACUUCAUGGUGAUCUUCCACGGCUGCUGGUUGGUUGUCAUCCUGACACGCCGUCGGCGCCAUACCAUUGCCAGGCUUUGGCCCAAAUACUGCCUUUUCUUGGUGCUCUUCCUACUCUUCCAAUACCUUCUGUGUAUGGGCAUCCCUCCAGUACUCUGUAUUGACUACCCCUGGAGGUGGAGCAAUGCCAUCCCCAUUAACUCCGUCCUCAUCAAGUGGAUGUACUUCCCAGAUUUCUUCAUGAAGCCCAACUCCAUCAAUCUCAUGAGUGACUUCCUCCUUUUGCUUUGUGCCUCGCGGCAGUGGAAGGUCUUUGGAGAUGAACAGACUGAAGAGUGGGUGCAGUUGGCCGGUGACAACAGGGAGCACCUUGAGCCACUGCAGGAGAAGCCAAACCCUGUACCUAACUUUGUCAACUGCAGGUCUUACCUUGACAUGCUGAAGGUGUGUGUGUUCCGCUACUUCUUCUGGUUCGUGCUGGUCAUCGUCUUUGUGGCAGGAGCCAACCGCAUCAGCGUCUUCGGCCUCGGCUACCUCAUGGCCUGCUUCUUCUUGCUGCUCUUUGGCACUGCCAUGCUACGCCGGCCCCUCAGAGCCCGCUUGGUGCUGUGGGACUGCUUGAUUCUCUAUAACGUUACCGUCAUCAUUGCCAAGAACAUGCUCUCGCUCCUGUCCUGUGUCUUUGUGCAGCAAAUGCAGAACAACUUCUGCUGGGUAAUUCAGCUCUUCAGCCUUGCCUGCACUGUCAAGGGUUACUACGACCCCAAGGAUGUGGACAAGAACCAGGACUGUGCACUGCCUGUGGAAGAAGCUGGCAUCAUCUGGGACAGCAUAUGCUUCUUCUUCUUGCUCCUCCAGCGCAGGGUCUUCCUCAGCUACUACUUCAUGCAUGUCGUGGCAGAUCUCCAGGCCUCUGCCCUGCAAGCUUCCAGGGGCUUUGCUCUUUACAAGGCCAGGAUGAUAAAGAGUAUGAGUUUCCAUCACCAGACUGAGAAGAAGUCGUUGGUCCAACUUAAGCGCCAGAUGGAGCGGAUCCGGGCCAAGCAGGAAAAGUACCACCAGGGACAGCUCGCGGCAGACUCUGAAGAGACCUUGGAGACAGAGCAGCCAGAGUCAGGGACCAAGAAGGAUGCUUCUCGCCAGAGGAAGCAGUGGUGGCGCCCCUGGCAGGAUCAUGCCACAGGAGCACCGCGCUCAGUUGAGGGCGACCCAGAGUCAUCUGCUCUGCUUUCCAGACAGGAAAUAGCUGCCCCUUCUAGGGUGGACAGACGCACUGUAGGGAAGAGGGGGCACUACAGUGUGCUGCACUCGGGAGAUUAUUUCUUGUUUGAGACAGACAGUGAGGAGGACGAGGAGUCGGUCCUGGAGGAUCAGAGGCCGCCAAAGCAGAGUGCGUUCCAGCUGGCCUAUCAGGCCUGGAUGACCAGCACCAAGUCGGCGCUACGUGAGCGAAAGCAACGGGAACAAAAGCAGCGAGAGACGGAGAAGGCCGAAGGUGACUCAACUAAAGGGGAACCCCAACAAGGUGAACUGACAGACAGAACCAGCGGCGAGGAGGAGGAGGAAGAAGAAGCUGUUCCAGUUAAGAGCAACGUAGUGCAGAGGGUGCUGAACAUGCUGGGUUUCCUGUGGGUGCUGUGCCAAGCCACGGUGGACGGGCUGACCCGGUGGCUAUGCGCCUUUACCAAGGAACACGAGCAGAUGUCCACCGUCUUGGGCCUGGAGAGAUUUGUGCUCACUCAACAGCUGCAUCAGGCCGAGGAGUUUCAGAGGAGCGUCCUGGACAGGCUAUACCAACCAGCAGCAACAGACGAUACCUCAGAGGACACCGCCUUGCCGGGUACGGCGGCAGAGUCUCCAAACAGCAUGGCUUCCAGCGGGUGCGAAGGAGCAGAGGUGCUCAGCAACUACACCACUGGCUACGACACCCAGAGCGCCAGCGAGGAGCAAAUUCCUGCCGUGGGCUCCCGGGAGGACGUGGGGCUCCUUCCCAGCAGCUCCCAAGAGCUGCUGGCUUGCUCCAAGGCCCGUCCCCGCACGGCCAGCGAGUUGCUGCUGAGCAGGCAUGUCUCCUUCGAAGAGCUGGAGGAGUCAGAGUGCUUCUACCACUCCCAGAACCGUUUCCUGCAGCUGCUGCUAGCCUGCUAUCAUUCUGUGGCUGGCCACUCAGACCUGCUGUGCUAUUUCAUCAUCAUCCUGAACAACAUGGUGACGGCAUCUGUCAUCUCAGUGGUCCUGCCCAUCCUGAUCUUCCUAUGGGCCAUGCUGUCCAUCCCGCGGCCCAGCAAGCGCUUCUGGAUGACUGCCAUCAUCUACACAGAGGUAAUGGUGGUUGUGAAGUACCUCUUCCAGUUUGGCUUCUUCCCCUGGAAUAGCUACACCACGCUGGUGCGCUACGAGGCCAGGCCUUUCUUUCCACCGCGCAUCCUAGGCCUGGAGAAAACAGACAACUACCUCAAAUAUGACCUCAUCCAGUUGAUGGCGCUCUUCUUCCACCGGUCACUGCUCCUGAGCUACGGGCUGUGGGAUCAUGAGGAGGACGUCCUGGCCAAACAUCAGCUUGAAGCACCUGAACCAUCAGCUUCGACGGAGAGCAAAGAAGAGGCCGGGACUUUGGUGGAAGCUGAUGCUGAGGCAGAAAGCGUAGCAGGUCAGAAGGCAGAGCCUGAGCCGGAGGUGCGGAAGGGGAUCCGCGCACGGUUUCGAAAGAGAAAGGAGAAGAAGAAGCAGAGCAAGGCUCGGAAGAAAGAGCAGGUGGAGGAAGCCCUGGAGGAACAAGGAGAGCAGCAGGAUCAGAAGGACGAGGAGAGGAAGUCAAGCCCUUCCAAGGAGAAGCUGAAGGCUGCUGGACUCAGAGCGAAAAACUUCCUUGUUUCUGCAGCAGCGCACAUGUUCCAGCCGCUGAAGCGGUUCUUCCAAGAUAUUCUGCACAGCAAAUAUCGUGCUGCCACUGACGUCUAUGCCCUCAUGUUCCUGGCUGAUGUGGUUGACUUCAUCAUUAUCAUUUUCGGUUUCUGGGCUUUUGGGAAACACUCUGCGGCUGCCGACAUCACAUCGUCGCUCUCAGACGACCAGGUGCCACAAGCCUUCCUGGUGAUGCUGCUUAUCCAGUUCUCCACCAUGGUGAUUGACCGGGCGCUCUACCUACGCAAGAGCGUCUUGGGCAAGCUCAUCUUCCAGGUUCUCCUGGUCUUCGGCAUCCAUGUCUGGAUGUUCUUCAUCUUACCUGCAGUCACCGAGAGGAUGUUCAGCCUGAAUACCGUGGCCCAGCUGUGGUACUUUGUGAAAUGCAUCUACUUCGCUCUGUCGGCCUAUCAGAUCCGCUGUGGUUACCCCACUCGCAUCCUGGGGAACUUCCUCACCAAGAAGUACAACCACCUCAACCUCUUCCUUUUCCAAGGGUUCCGCCUGGUGCCUUUCUUGGUGGAGCUGCGGGCCGUCAUGGAUUGGGUCUGGACCGACACCACCCUCUCUCUCUCCAACUGGAUGUGUGUGGAAGACAUCUAUGCCAACAUCUUCAUCAUCAAGUGCAGCCGUGAGACAGAGAAGAAAUACCCACAACCCAAGGGACAGAAGAAGAAGAAGAUUGUCAAGUACGGCAUGGGGGGCCUCAUCAUCCUCUUCCUCAUCUGCAUCAUCUGGUUCCCGCUGCUGUUCAUGUCACUUGUGCGCUCCGUGGUGGGCGUGGUCAACCACCCCAUUGAUGUCACUGUCACCCUCAAAUUGGGAGGUUACGAGCCUCUCUUCACCAUGAGUGCCCAGCAGCAGUCAAUCCAAGACUUCACCCCCAAGGAUUAUGACGCACUGACAGAAAAGUUUGAACGGCAGCCAGUGGCCAUGCAGUUCAUCACUCUUUACGGUUACGAGGAUAUAGUGACGGCGCGCAUCGAGGGCAGUUCAGGCUCGCUGUGGAGCAUCAGCCCGCCCAGCCGAGAGCAGCUGCAGCGGGAGCUGCAUAAUAGCUCCUCCGCUAUCUCUCUGCGCUUCACAUGGAACUUCCAGAGGGACCUUGGCAAGGGAGGCACAGUGGAAUACACCUCUGAAAAGCACACGAUGCAUCUGGAUCAAAACAGCACCGUGCGCAGCGAUUUGGCAGGACUGCUGCAGGGUACCCACAAUGCCCCUGUGAGAGUUCCCCAUCUCUUUCCCCCCUACAUCCGUGCACCCAAUGGCCCCGAGGCCAACCCUGUUGAGCAACUGCUACCAGAUGAGGAGGACAGCUACUUGGAUGUAGAAGUGCAGCUAAAGCGGCAACGGGUGGGGCCUGGAAACGAUGGCACCAGCUUCCUUGAGUGGUGGAUGAUUCGGCUGGCCGACUGCAAAGGACUGGAUUGCAACUUUCUUCCCAUGGUCAUUUUCAGCGACAAAGUCAGCCCUCCCAGCCUAGGCUUCCUGGCAGGAUACGGGAUCAUGGGGCUCUACGUCUCCAUCGUGCUGGUGAUUGGCAAGUUUGUGCGUGGCUUCUUCAGCGAGAUCUCUCAUUCCAUCAUGUUUGAGGAGCUGCCUUGCGUCGACCGCAUCCUUAAACUGUGCCAUGACAUCUUCCUAGUCCGCGAGACGGGGGAGCUGGAGCUGGAGGAGGAGCUGUACGCCAAGCUCAUCUUCCUCUACCGCUCGCCGGAGACCAUGAUCAAGUGGACACGCGAGAAGGAGUGACAAAGAGGAGCCGCUGCCACUGGAACAGAACAACUCCCAACCAACGAGAACGGCGUUAAGAAACGCCACCUUCUCUAUGUAAGGGGGCAAAUGGAGGGCCUAAGACGGACCAGGAGAGGAUGAGAUGCUCCUCCUCUUCCUUUUGCUGGACCCAGAAACUGCCUCUCUGCCUCCCCAGUCCCAGCUUAGAGCUCUGUGAGUGGGGCAGCCUCUGAGCCAUACCUGCUGCCCCACUGCCUGCAGGGAGGGGGGGAAACGCUGUCACUUUUUGCAACAGAUUUUCCCUUUUAAAACAGUUCUGACAACGGUGGGAUGGUAAGCACUUGCCUCAACCUCCUGCACUCUCUGAAGCGCCUUCCCCACCUCGGAUAUUCACAGCAGCGCAAGGGAUGAGGGGGCUGUGGAAGCCGUUUUGCAAAGCAGGAGGUCCACAGAUCAUUCACUGAUGGACUUGUGAGGUGUAUCCUGUUAAAAAGCCCACCGUGUGUGCACAGCAAUAACCUAUUUGCACCCCCCCCCCCAAAAAAAUCUGGGGUUACAGAGCUUUUCUCUCCUCAUUUGUUCUGCUGCCCAAACACACGUCCAGUCACUGUAUCCUUUCCCCUUACGCACACACAACCCCACAUCUGAGUGCCAUAGUCUAGGCAUCACUACAUGCCAACCCCAGCUGCUGGGAACAAGGGGUGGCUCGACUUUAUGAAGCCUUUUUUUUAAAAGGAGGUGGUUUUAUUUAUACAGAUCUAUAUAAUAAAAAAUUUAAAAAUAAAAAGCUGUGAUUAUGAACAAUAA